UCCUCCUUCCUAUAUAUAUAACACACACCACGAGACUUGGUGCAUCAGAUCAAACACUCGCAACAAAAAGGAAAAAGAAGCUCGAACCUAUUCUCAUCCUUCUCUACGAGCUUCUUCUAUAUGAGAUUGUAGAUUCACGACGAUCGACCACGUGAUCAAGAUUAGUUAACUUAGUAUGGGUUUGACAUCUAUGUUUAGGAGUUGCUUCAAGGCGGAGGGUCGGGUUGCGGUGCCGGCGUCGAAGGCUAAGGUGGUGGCGACGAAGCAGAGUUCGUACCCCUGGGUUUCAGUGUCGGAUUUGAGCAAUCCGAUAAGCGGCACGCUGUCGGAGGAUCUGUCGGUGUCGCUUGCCGGAUCGAAUCUGUAUGUGUUUACGCUGGCGGAGAUGAAGCUGAUCACGCAGGGAUUCUCCUCCGGUAACUUUCUCGGAGAAGGCGGCUUUGGACCGGUGCACAAGGGCUUCAUAGACGACAAGCUCCGGCCGGGUCUUAAGGCCCAGACUGUCGCCGUCAAGCUCUUGAACCUGGACGGCUCUCAGGGCCACAAGGAGUGGUUGACUGAAGUUGUUUUUCUGGGACAACUAAGACACUCCCACCUGGUGAAGCUGAUCGGAUAUUGCUGCGAAGAAGAACACAGGCUUCUGGUAUAUGAGUAUCUUCCUAGAGGCAGCCUAGAAAAUCAACUCUUCAGAAGAUACUCAGUAUCACUGCCAUGGUCAACCAGAAUGAAAAUCGCCGUCGGAGCCGCCAAGGGUCUUGCCUUUCUUCAUGAAGCUGCUAAACCCGUUAUCUACAGAGAUUUCAAAGCCUCAAACAUCUUACUAGACUCAGAUUACAAUGCGAAGCUGUCUGAUUUCGGGUUGGCGAAAGAUGGCCCUGAAGGAGACGACACACACGUGUCGACCCGAGUGAUGGGAACUCAGGGCUACGCGGCGCCUGAGUACGUCAUGACGGGUCACUUGACAUCCAAGAGUGACGUGUACAGUUUCGGGGUGGUUCUGUUAGAGCUUCUAACAGGACGAAGAUCAGUAGACAAAACCAGGCAAGGAAGAGAGCAGAACUUAGUAGAAUGGGCGAGGCCAAUGCUUUACGAUACGAGGAAGCUUGGCAGAAUCAUGGACUCGAGACUUGAAGGUCAAUACUCUGAGAUGGGUGCGGCCAAGGCUGCUGCAUUGGCUCACCAGUGCUUGAGCCACCGGCCCAAGAACAGACCCACCAUGAGCCAGGUGGUCAAGACCCUCGAGCCACUUCAGGACUUCGACGACGUCCCUAUCACACCGUUUGUCUACACUGUUCCCGCCAAUGAACCCAAUGACUCGAGGGACUGUGCUGAGCCGCCCAGGGAGAGAAAGAAUCAUCAUCGUCAUCACAGACACCACCCUCUGAGAUCGCCCAGGUCGCCGCCGGAUAAUAAUAAAUCUGCAAAUUCUUCACAGUCUCGCUAUGGAAGCUCGAGUGGAAGCGGAUCCAACUCACCUACUUCGCGUCAUCACAAGGCCAAAGGAGCUUGAUUGAUAGGUGGAAAAUGAAUGAAUGGUCAAUAUUGUACAGAGAGAUAUUUUUAAUUAUUAUAAUUACUUGUAUAUUUUUAUUAGUGAAGAGAGCGUUUGAAGUUUUUUUUUUGGUGAAGAAAAUAUGCCAAGCUAAGUGUAAUGAUUCAAAAACAAAUUGGUGGAAUUGAGGUGGUCAUCGGGCAUGGUAAACAUGCUUGAGUCGAUAAUCAUUAUUUUUUUUUUU